AUGCAGUCGGAUACUGCUGAUUGUACGAGUGAAUAUUACACUUCAAAUGAAAUAAUAGACGAGAAUUCGUCGCCAAUAUAUAUCGAGGUAGUCAGUACAGAUGAAAAUGAUAUUAAAGAGGAUCAAAAUGAUGCUUCUCGAAGAUCAUCGCAAGUAAAACAGGAAGUGAAGAAGGAAACAAAAAGAGAAAUUAGCCCUGAAGAAGGGGCUAAGAAACGAAAGAACGAUAUCCUAGAUGAUUUCUUUGCACUAGGUGAACCAAGCAUUAAGAAGAAGAAGAAAUCAAAGAAAUUGAAACAUGCACAUCGAAAUGCCACAGAUGAAGAUAAUACGAUAAAUUCCGCCUUGAAUAUUCAACCUGUUACUGAUUCAGUUGACGAGGAUGUAUCGCUAGAUGUAGAGGAGAUCACGGUAUCGAAGACGAAGACUCCAGAUCGAAAAGAAAAGGCAUUACGUAACAGAAUGGGGUCGGUGACACCACCACCGGUAUUUGAUAAAGAGGCAUUAUUAGCCAAACGCAUGAAACUGAAAAGACUGUCAGAAGCGAACAGCUUUGAUAUUGAAGAUGAUGAUGAUGAUCUAGAGAUUUUGCAGCAGUCAUCAUACCGCCGGUCGCAUACGCCCAGUGGUUCACAAUCUGGUAGUAUAGGAUAUCAAUUUACGGAUGAAAAUGAAAGUAAAAGAAACUAUAUAUUAAAAGUAACUUCUAAAUUGAUAGAUGGAAAAGACAUUCAUUCUACUUUUCGAACGAAAGGAACUAAUAGGUUUUCUAAAACCCUAGAUUCGAUAAUUUCAUACUUCUUAAAGGUUCAGAAGGGUGUUGAAUAUACCAGCGAUGACGUUUCCUUAAUAUGGAUAGAUGGGAGAAUGGAAAUCAAGCCCUUUUUUAAACCAAGCACAUUGAGGAUACAACCAAUUACUCCAAAUGGUACGAAGAAAAGUCCUAGGGCCUCUACGUACUUAUACUGUUUGCUUAUUCCUAAAUCAAAUUUAGAAACUUUUACCAGCACAUACUCUGAGUUUGAAACAAGUGCUUCGUCACUUAAAAAAAUUACAGACUUGACGGAUGAAAUAGAGCAAAUAGAUGAACAAGAACACGAUGAUACCAGUAUGUAUGAUGCAAGUGACGUUGGUGAGAGUAAAAGCAUAUCUUCUAGGCCAAUUGUUAUUGAUUUAGAUGAGGAAGACAAUGAGAGCUAUUUUGUCAUAGGGCUCAAAGGUAAGGAUAAUAAAAGAAUUGAGGUUCAAGUAUCGCCAGUAACACAGAUUCGGAAAUUGUUACUGUACUUUUUAAAAACAAAAGGCAUACAAGAAUCAGAAGUUAAUAUGAAAACUGUAAAACUAAUAUUUGAUGAUGAAGAGUUAAAUUUGGAUGAUGUUGUAGGCGAUACUGAGCUAGAAGAAGACUUUGAAGUUCAAAUAGUUAUUUAA